AUGGGCGCCCUUCCGAGUCACGAGACACACGAGCGCGGCCUCUACAGCCACCGCCACGGCCGCAACCGUCGCAACGAGAUCAUUCUCAUCCCCCUCACCACUGCCUUCUUCCCCAGCCCGGACUGCGCCCUCUUCCAGCACCUCUACAACUCCCGCUACCGCCGCACCGCAAAGUACUACUUCCGUGCCCUCCGCAGCGCCCAGACGCCACGCGAGACGGACUACUUCUGCACCACCACCGCCAUCAACGAGGAGGCGGAGUUUGAGAGAUUCUACAAGGACUAUCUGGAGAAGCGGGAGCUGCAGGGUGGGAAGUCAGCGAGUGCGGCGGCGGGGUCGGGGGCUGGCGGAGGGGGAGCACCACCGCGCCCGUCAGCGACGUAUCCCCGACCCCCACCCCCACCAGUUUCCGCCGCCGGCGUAAACGGUUCGACGGUGCCGCUGCCGCAGUCUCCGCAGGACUCCCUCAACGCGCAGGGAAGUCCACCUAAAGUCGGUCCGAUGGACUUCCGCAGCUUCGCCGACUCCCGCGAGGGCCUCUACCAAGUCUUGAUCCGCGACAACGAGCCGGGCGUCUUCGACACCGACGAGGAGCUCCGGCAGGCCUACUGGAAGCAAAUUCAAGAGCAGCAGACAGAACGGCAGCGAGUGUAUCAGGCACAGCAGGGGCGUCGUGCCGCUGCUGCUGCUGCGGCCAAUGCGGAUGCAAAUGGAGUGAUGCCCCCGCCUCCCCCUCCACCGCCGCCACCACCACCACCACCGUCCUCUGCGUUCGUCACAUCGUCGUCCGUUGGCGGCGUUGGCGGUGGGGCGUCCCAUGCGGGUCCUACCGGGAGCGAUGCCUUCGCUACUCGAGCCCUUCCCCAACAUCAGCCACCACAGCCGCCCCCACCGCCGCCAUCGACGGCAACGCCGACCAAAGCCGUCCCACUCGCCGCCUCCGCCGCCGCCAUGACGAUGAUGUCGAUGGACGAACUCUCUUUCGAUGACUUCGUCUCCGGCUACAUCGCGGCGAAGCGCUACAUGAAGGGCAAGCCUGUCCACACGCGCUUCAGCACCACCGCCGCGGCAGACGUACGAGGCGACCCGAUCCACCCAGCGGAUGGCGCGGUGGGCAGCGCGGCGGUCCCGCACGAGUACGCCGCCAGCCACUACAGACACGUCACCUCCCCUUGUACCUACGACGUGCGCCCGCUGCCGUGCGUCAUCGCGUCCCGCUACGAUCCCGGCAAGCCGCAGCCGGUGGACGACCCCCUCUACGUGCCGUUUGGGGAUUCUUAUGUGAAGAUCAUGGGCAUGUUCGGCUUCUUCCCCGCCACGGUCGGGAUGCGUCGUGCGACAGCAAACGGUGCUGAGACGGCAGUGCCCGCAGAGGGUGGUAGGGACAGCAGCGGCAGCGCUGUGGAAGGCGGGUCUGCGCCGGCGCCCCGUCGGUUCUUCCCGCGCAAGGAAGGCCACAGCAACGGCGACGACGACAUCGAUGAAGCGACGGACGUGGAGCAGCACCUGUUGAAAGGGACGAUGUUUGUGGACAAGGACGUCGGCGACCAAAUACUCGGCAACAUGGUGAUGCUCGCCACCUACAUGUACGUGCGGCAGUGCAUCGAGACGCGCAUCAACCCCCAGGCCAUUCCGAUGCUGCCCGUGCUGAUGCGCUUUCCGCUGUCGAACAUACCGAUGCUGCAGUUUGUGCGGGAGUUCCGUGUGCGUCUGCGCAGCCUGCUGGAAGCUGGGACGGCGAAGGCGGGUCAGAAACCCGUCCACAUCGGCAUGAGCGGCUUCAACCCCGAGGACCUCGCCGAGCCGCACCACCCGCAGGUGCAGCGCCUGGAGGAGGAGGGCUACCUCUUUGAGCCGGAUAUCCCCACCGCGACCUCGUACAGUCAGCUCUUCAUGUCCGCCGAGCAGGCGAAGAGCACCAGCGCCCCGCUGCGCCGCCACGCCGGCAUGAACACGAAGGAGUGCGGCAAGUACCCGAUUAUUAUGAUGUCCGGCUUCAACGUGCAGUCCACCCCGCUGCGGCACCCGGCGCUGAACACGACGGGCUACCCACCGGCGAUGGCCGCGGCGGCGAUGGUGGCGGCGGCCUCCGCCUCGUCGCACCGGUGCAGUCCGCAGUCGCGGUCGAUGCCGGCGUCGCCUUUCACGAAUGAGAUGCCGCAGGGGGUGGGAGGCGGGGUCGGUGGUGUGGGCCGCGUCCCCACGUUUCCUCCGACCGCACCGCCGCCGCCGCUGCUGCCGGGGCAGGCUGGCGCGGUGACGAGCACGGCGAGCACCCACAACGGUGCGCCGCCACCGCCGCCACCGCCGGCACCCGGCGCGACGGACACUUCCCCCACCACACCCGCAGAGGAGACCCGCAAAAUCGCCCUGCUGCACCGCCGUAAGCAGCGCUUCCGUAUCUGGGUCGAGGACGGCCACAUGUGCAUCUGGGCCAGCGCCGCCUACGCCCGCCGCGCCGCUCUCAUCAUAUCGCAGCAGCUCAACACCACCGUCGACAGCAACUCCGUGCCGGAGCAGCGCUCGUGGAAUUACCGGGGCCUGCUGCACGCCGGGAUCACUGUGCCCCCGCCGCGCCACGUAAACGACGUAAUUAUGGUGGCGGAGGAUAUCCCCCGGCUGGGGCUGUGGCAGGGCGAUGUACUGCGCUGCUGCACCGAUGCGGAGCUGCGGACCAUGAACGAAUCGAACGGCACCGCCCCGCUGCCGCUGCCGUGCUCCACAGACGACGUGAAGGACAAGCCGCGCGCGUUUACUGCUGAGGCACUCCAGUCGUACGCCAGUUCUCCCGCAUCCUCACCGGCAGCUGCCAAGCCAACGGCGGAGGCGAUUGGAUCGGUGGUGAGCCCCACCAACAGCACCAGCAUUGUGGAGAGCAACAGCACGUACGCCGUCUCCGGCGCCGACGCGGCGGGCGUCGCUAACACCAACGGCAGUGGCAGCAGCACCGCCGCUGCGGGCCAUGUCAACUUCACCAGCAACCACAUCAGCAACCCCCUGCUGCAGGAGAAGGAGCUCGCCCCGCCGGGAGCCUUCUGGGUCCGCGGCGCCGGCGGCCUCGACGACUCCUUCACGAACAUCACCGAGACGAACAUGCCGCCGCACCCAAAGGCGGAGAAGCAACUGCAGCAGGCCGCGAUGCAGCGCGCCAAGAAGGCCGCCGCCGCCGUCGCCGCCGCGCAGAGCAACGGGAAGAGGCGUCGCGGCCUCACCUCGGAGGCGGCCGCCGUCGCUGCGGCGCAGCUCUUCGUCGACAUCGACCGCCGUGAGGGCACACUGAACAUCGAGGAGGUGGUGCUGGCGUGGAUUAAAGUGGUGGCCAUCCUCACCCGGGACUCGACCGAGGAGGACCGGGCCUGGGUGCGCGAUCCGCAGGGCAACCCGGUCCGCGUGGACCGCUACGUCAUCCGUCGCUACGAGCACGACGGUGUGCGCUUCUUCAUUGGCGUCACGCCGCGCUUCGUCGGCCAGCAGCGCCGCAUUGAGAAGGUCCUGGGUGAGGUAUACGCCCUGGAGGAGCGCGAGGGGCGGCGGCGGCGGGAGCUACAGCAGGGCAGCGACGAUGGCAUGGACGACUACGAUAUCGAUAUGGCUGGCGAUGACGGUGAGGAUGGCUUCGGCAGCGGCGGUGGUGGUGUUCAUCGCCCGGCGUCUCUGUCGCUGGUACCGCACCACAGCGAUCACAUCUCGUACGCGAUGGGCCUGCACUCCUCCACUGCUGCUGCUGCUGCUGCUUUGGGUGCGGGUGGUCUCUAUCACGAUGUAUGGGGUGCGCCCGGGGUGCCACCGAUGACCACGGCACCGGCGGCGGCGGUGGUGGCCGCAGGAAGUGCUGGCGCAGCAGCACCGCCGGUGGGGGACGCGGCGAGGAGGGCGUCUUCUUCUUUGCCUUCGUCUCGCACGGCGGCGGGUGCGUCGCGGCGGGGCACGGCAAGCCCUCCAGCGUCGAACACGAAUGAGUCCGCGGAGCGCAGUUCGCGGCUGGCGUUCGCGGCUGUGUUUGGCGGCGCCGGUCCCGCUGUGCCACCGGCGAAGAUGACGCAACACGCGGACCUUGUCGGUGGUGGCUUUGAGGAGGACGACUUGCUGGAGCGCUACAAGUCGGACCCCCUCUUCUUCGGCGACAACGAUGACGAGUAG